CAGCCAGGCCCGCAGCAGCCACAGCUGAGCAAGCCAGCCCAGAGCCCCCCACUGCGCUCCUGCCAGCCCCACGGGAGCACCAGCUCAGCCUCUGCUGCUGCCCAGGGCAUCCCAAGCGUCCUGCAGCGCGGAGCCGGACACGCUGCUAUGGGCCAGGCUGCCCUGCUGACAGAGCGCUCUCUCGCAGGACUGCCCUGGACAUGUGGGACAUGAUGAUCUCCACACCCCGGCCUCUGAAGAAGAUCUUAAGAAACCUGCGCAAAAGACUCCUGGUCAUAGACUCCAUGUUUCCCGAAGGCGUCAUCAGUGGGUCAGAAAGACCUGACAUGGCAAGAAAAAUACAGUCCCUCCUGCCACAAGUUGUGGGGUUGCUCGACUACAGCAACACAGAAGUGAAAAGGAGAGUCCUGACAUUCUUCUGCAGCGUGAUGGGACACCUGAAGAGGGAAGAGGCCAGGCCCACUGUCGAGCAGCUGGAGGAAAAGCUCCUGCCCCUCUUUGAUGAUGAGUCCAGCCAGCUGCGAGAGCUCUCCAUCUGCCUCUUCAGAGAGCGGGUGCAGUCAGUGAUGGCGCACGACAAGAAGAGGAUUAAGAGCUACGUGCACCGUGCACUGCUCCCCCUCUUCUUUCGUUUGAGCGAUCAGAGCAACAACGUGGCCAAGGCCGCCAGGGAAGCCCUCCUUGGUGCAGCAGAGCUCCUGAAAUGGAAGCAGCUCAGACACCUGGUGCGGACUCAGCAGACAUGGAGGAUUGGAGAGAGCUUGGUGAGAACAGCGAAGGCCCAGGCUGGACGGGGCUGCCCCACAUGUCUGGGCUGUGGGCUCUGCAGAUGUGCCUCGCCCGCCCUGCUGCAGCCCCGAGCUGCACCCUUGUUCCCUGUCCUCAAGAACAGAGCCCCCAAGGGCUCUUCCCUCUGCCCCACGCCUGGCGGGAAGGAGGACUCUCAGCACCCCUGGGACCACUCUGCUUGUGUCUGUCUCUCAGCCUCAGCCCAACAGGGCUACUGGCUGGGGGGCAGGAGUGGCCUGCGGGGAAAGGGAAACCUGGGUUACUGGGAGGAGGGACUGGUCCAGCCAGCUCGGGGUGGGCUGCAGACAGUGACAUGCUCACACCCUUGUGCUCUCUCCAGCUGGAGCGGGACAGGAGCAGGGCUCAAGAGCUCUUGA